UGUGGCUGUGGUGGGAGCUUUGGGAUGCUUUGAACUGUAGGCUGCUUUUGCAGAGCCCAAAGUCUGGACACAGCAGAGAGAAGCAGGAACUCCAGAUUACAAGGGAUCCUGUGGUGGAGUUCUGUCUUGUCAGUUGCACACAAGAAGAAAAGCUGGAUUGGACAUGUUUUAAGGAGAACACCCUUCUAUACAAAGAGCCAACCAAGAGGUUGGAGUAUUACUUCAAAACUGGACAUUCGGCUCUCACUCGAUUCGUGAUGGUUUCCUAUUUGGAGGUCGUUUAUUGGGUGACGGUGUUGUGCUGUCUUGGGCAGAAGCAUCUGGUGGCCGCUGGUUGUUCGGGGAAAUGUUGCCGGGGCAGAAACAUGGGCUGUUCUACUACAGACUGGAGGAUGGACCGAGCAUUUGCAAAAUGCUACUGCGACGAGGUCUGCAUCAAAACCAAUGACUGCUGCUUUGACUAUUUCACAGAGUGUCCAGCUCAAGACUGUGCUGUGAGCGCUUGGAGCUUUUGGAGUGGUUGUGCCAAACCUUGCCAGCCUUCAGUCAGAGUCCGUGUCCGUCACGUAGAGCAGCAGCCUGGUAACAGCGGCGAUGCCUGUCCCAGUCUGGAGGAGAGAGCUGGUUGCAGGGAGUAUAGAGAUCACAGAGGCAGCCAAUGUGGACUCAAUUCAGGCCCAGCAUUCAUCACCAGCUUGGAAUUUGGUAAAGGAAGACCUAAGCAUGACAGCUAUGGAAACCCCCUGGACACAGGGUUCUGCAUGGAAUUUAAAAUGGAGUCCCGGACAGCACACUGCACGGUGGAGAACCGGCCUCACACCCUCUGGAUGCGCUACAUUACUGAAGGAUUCAAAGUGUGUGUAGCGUGUGAACCUCCUGCCCUACAGAACAGUAGCUGUCAGGGUGACGGCCAAGAAUCGAACAAAGAAGCUGUGCUUCAAUGGCAGGCAAUGGGGAACCCACACUGCAGAGGGACAUGGAGGAAGGUCCAGAAAACUCCCCAGUGCACCUGUCCAACACAACAUAUCUUCAUCUUCACCUGACCUCCAGUCUGC